AUGGAUUUUUACAAAUUAGACGAGAAGCUGAAGGAGUUGAAAAGGAAAAGAGUAGAUGUAUCUAUAAAGAGUAGGAAGUUGGCUGACAGAGAGAUUCAGGAAGUAAGCGCAAAUCGAAAACCAAGAGUAUACAGUAUGGAAGACGUAAAUGAUGCAGAUGAAUCAGUAGGAGAUACAGAAAGUCCUGAAAAAGAGAAAGCAUUUCAUUACACUGUCCAAGAAUAUGAUGCGUGGGAACGUAGGCAUCCUCAAGGGAAGACUGGGCAAAGCCAAAGAGGUGGAAUUUCCUAUGAUCAACUUGCAAAAUUGAGUUAUGAGAAGACCUUGCGGAAUCUCGCUACGCAAACACAGAAUUCGAGCAAACAGGAUAGUUCCGCCGAUGAAGAAGACAAUAAAAACGUACCCAAGAAGGGUAGAAUCGGCAAGGUACAGAAGGACACUAAGACGGGUAAGAUAACAAUUGCAGAUGACGACAAGCUAGUUAAUAAGUUGGCCGUUUCUUUGCAAUCUGAGUCGAAAAAAAGAUACGAAGCAAGAAAAAGACAAAUGCAAAAUGCAAAAACACUGUAUGGGGUUGAAAGCUUCAUUAAUGACAAAAAUAAACAAUUCAAUGAAAAAUUGAGCAGGGAAUCAAAAGGAUCAGAAUAA